CAACGCUGUCGCUAUUUGGUCCGACAUUUAUUUUACUUAACACGAAACGGAGAACGAAGACGAUUAUUACCUAACCGACAAUAAUAAGACAAGAUGCCUUCCAUCAUGAAGACCGUAGGAGUUGUGGCAGGAUUGGUGGCCGUUGCCAGCGCUCUCCCAGCUUACCCCAAGUUGACGACGAGACAAAACCACAUCUACAACCUCGCCAAGCGACAAAACGCCGCCGCUGCCGCUCUCGGCCUGCAAGACGUCGAUAUCCUGCAAUUCGCCUUGACCCUGGAAUGGCUUGAGGCUUCCUUCUACCAACAAGGCUUUGCUCAGUUUGGAGACGACCAAUUCAAGGCUCUCGGCUUGAACGAUCUUCAGCUCGCCGAUCUCAAGGGUAUUGGCUCCAGCGAGCAGAACCACGUCGACCUGCUACAGAGCUCCAUUGCACAGGCUGGUGUCCAGCCCGUCCAGCCCUGCCAAUACAACUUCGGCUUCACCGACGCCAAGGGUAUGGUUGCCACCGCUUCCAUCCUCGAGAGCGUCGGUAUCUCCGCUUACCUGGGCGCCGCUCCCCUCGUUUCCGACACCAAGAUCCUCAGCACCGCUGCCUCCAUCCUCACCAUCGAGGCCAGGCACCAGUCCUUCAUCCGCGUCGCCUCGGGAGUCGCCGCCUCCCCCUCCCCCUUCGACACUCCCCUGGGCCCCAAGGCCGUCUUCUCCCUCGCCGCCCCCUUCAUCCAGUCCUGCCCCGGCGGCUCCAACCUCAUCCUCACCGCCUUCCCGACCCUGACGAUGACUAGCCCCGCUCCGGUAGCCGGCGUCAUGGCCCUCGCGCAAGGAACCAUGCUCAACUUCCAGAGCGACGCCGCGUCCGCCGCUACCUUCUGCGGCUUCACUAACUCGGCUGCGCCUGGCGGUACUGCGUUCUCUGCCUUCGACCCUGCUCAGGGGUGCGCUUUGCCGCCUAACCUGGCGGGUACUGUCUAUGUCACCCUGACUAGCGCCGGCCCUGCUGAUGGCGUCUUGACGGAUGCUAUUACGCUUGCUGGGCCUAUGGUCAUGGUCCUUAGCUAAGUGAGACGUUCUCGACACGAUUAACGUCGGAGGUGAAGAAGGGGAUAUAUGUUUCUUAUAAUGACGGCGCCGACACUUUAAUGCUUAAAAGGGUGGCAGAGGAGGAAUGCUCGGUUUUUUUAUGACGGCUACCGACAUCAGGAGCCGGGCCGAGAAGAUGGGGCGCUGCAUUUUCUUAAAAAAAAGAAACGAAAAAGGAAGGGCGAAACGAACGGGCGGGGGUUCUCGGUAGCUCGCACAGUACCGUACCGCCAGUUUAGACAAUAUAUCACGU